AAUCUUUUGGUCUGGGAACCAGACUAAUUAUUUUUUUUAGCAGCCAAUCAGCAUCGGGCUUUCAUUAUGUAGGGCUUUUCACGCGUGUGAGAACUACAUCAUGCACGUUUGACUGCGAAAAAAGGUCAACUUUUAAGUACGGAUCUGGAAUGGAGAGUGGCUGCUGUGAAAGUUUUGGCAUGCUGGAUUUCAGUAAGAUGGAAUUUCCGGUAUUGCUAUCAGAGUGCCAAGGCCCCAGGAUUCACUGGUCUGAUCACAAUUUAUUCAUUGCUGCUGCUAAUAUAAUGUUCAACCCUCUCUUCUGGAAUAUUAUGGCAAGAUUAGAGUUAAGAACAAAGAUGAUCAGCAGACUUUGUGGAGGGCCUCGCAUUGGAUGUUUCUUCCUUGGUGCCACUAUUUUCUUCCUAUCUGCAGUAAGAGGACGCAGAUACCAGUUGGCUAUAUAUCAUCAGCCUAUAUGGCAUGGUUUGCAAGCACCUGCAAUACACUACAUGGGAGCUGUCCUUAUUGGUCUUGGAGUGAUCUUCACUCUGUGUAGUUUUUUUGCUCUUGGAUUCUAUGGAACAUUUCUAGGUGAUUAUUUUGGUAUUUUCUUGGAGCAUCGUGUCAAACGAUUUCCCUUCAAUUUGAUGGAGAAUCCCAUGUACUGGGGAACAGUAAUGGAAUACCUUGGAUAUGCCCUUUGGUUUGGACCAAGUCCGGCUGGUUUACUUCUUACAUUGCUGUUAGCAAUAUGCUAUAAAAUUGCAAUUUUGAUUGAAGGGCCUUAUACAGAGAAAGUAUACUCCACUUAUGUCGUUGAAAUUGAGGACAAGAAACAUCAGUGAUUGGUACUGUAACCCUCCAAAACCUAGUCUAAUGAUCCACCCUGUUUUUGAAGCAGUUCAAUUAAUAGGUUAUUGAGUACAGAUUGCUUUGGUUUCUUGUUCAGAGUUAGAUUGGUGGAUUUAGGAUGGCAAUUUAAAUUCUGGGGUAUGGGAAGUUAAACAUGAUACUAAAUCAAUGAGCUAAUACUUUAAGGAUCAUGCUUUUGUUUUAACUUCCAACCCCUCACAAAAAUGAUGUUGCUUUUACUGAACAAUAAUAAUCCAGUGUCACUAUUCUUACAAAUGAAAUAAUUUUCGUUAUGACAUACAGGGUGAGUCAAAAAAGCGGAACCCAAACCCCCAAAAUUAUAUUUCAUAUUUAAAAAAAGUAGCUUAUGAAAUUGGCUUUCCAGUCAUUAUUAUUAUCUUAACAGCGAAGAAAGUAAACAUAAUUAAUAUAUUUGUUGAUAAAGUGUUGGGAGAAAACUGUC